AUGAGGUCAGGCUCCUGGUUUCAAGUCUCUCUGGAAGGUUCUGCCAUAUGGGUGGAUCUUCCGCAAGCCCCCAAGGGAAGGCAAGGCUGGAGACGUGCAGAAUGCCCAGGUCUGUCCAUCAGAGGCCAGAUUCAGCAUCCUGGGAUAGAAUACCCCUCUCCAGAAGAGAAGAGGAAACACAAGAAAAAGCACCUGGUGCAGAGUCCCAAUUUCUCCUUUAUGGAUGUGAAGUGCCCAGGGUGCUAUAACAUCGCCAUGGUCUUUAGCCGUGCACAGAUGGUCGUCUUGUGUUUUGGCUGCUCUGUUGACCUCUGUCAACCCACAGGUGGAAAAACACAGCUGACAGAAGGAUGCCCCUUCAGGGGGAAACAGACUGAAAGCACCUGA